AUGAGGAUGAUUUGCGAGAAGAGGAGCCUGAGCUCGAUCGAGCUGAGUCGAGCUGAGGAUCGAGCUGAGAUCAGUCCAGGAGAGUGCGGAUUUGGAUCAAAGUUUGGAGAAGAAGGUUUCUGGUUCUUCAAGCAAGAAGAAGAAGGCCCCAAGCCCACAUUCCUUAGGAGUAGAUCACUCCUCACCACUCCAAGGAGGCUCCCUGCCCAAGAGCCUCACAGAGCCUCUUCUUUCGAGCCAAGGGAAGGAGAAGACAACACGCAGAGAAGGAGGAAGACUCUAAGGCCAGACGCUCCAGCUCGACCACCGGACUCGAUCGAGUCCAAACAGAGGAAACUCAACUCGAUCGAGCUGAGGGUCGAGUUGACCUGGAGGAGCCCCAGUUUGAGGAUCCGGGAUUUGAGUACGAUCCAGCCUACCAGGACUUCCUCAGAGAUGGACCCCUAUGGACAGUUCGAGCAAGCCAGCUCCACCAAGGCCAAGGAGCCACACCACUUUGAAGAUGAAGAAGAGGAAGAAGAGGAGCCGCAAGCUCGAUCGAGUGAGCCGAACCCAGUCGAGUGGAGUGCUCCUGAUGGCCGUCUACCAUCUCCAGACCACGACCUAGUCUCCCAGUUCUUUGGGGGGCACUGA